UUACAUUUGAAACGGUGUUCAUAUGUUCAUAAACCGGCUAUAGAGUGAGCUACGCAGCGUCAGUUUGUCUUCCGCGGAAACUGGGAAAUGUAGUUUACUACAGUUAAUUAGUACUACAGUCUUCCGGUGCUUAAUCAAAUUCUGUGUCUUCAUGUGAGCCGUGUACGCUUUGGAAACGUAUUUUCAGCUAUGGGACCCGUGAAAGAAAAUUCGAAGUGGCCCAAAGUAUCAAAGUUCAGUGUAUCUGCAUGCGCUGCCAGUGUUGCUGAAUUUGUCACAUUCCCCCUUGAUCUCACAAAAACGAGGCUUCAAAUACAAGGUGAAUAUGCUCCAGGGAUACACAGCAAGAGUGUCAAAAUUAUGUAUAGGGGCAUGCUAAGCACAGCUGUGGGAAUAGUGCGAGAAGAAGGACCACUGAAAUUAUGGCAAGGGGCAACACCUGCAAUCUACAGACAUAUAGUGUAUUCAGGAGGCAGGAUGCUAGCUUAUGAACAGCUCCGGGACUUUAUAUUGGGAAAAUCAGAAGAUGGCAGCUUUCCCAUUUGGAAGGCUGCAUUAGGUGGCAUGGUAUCUGGUGCUCUGGGCCAAUUCUUGGCCAGCCCCACUGAUCUAGUUAAGGUGCAGAUGCAAAUGGAAGGGAAAAGAAGGUUGGAAGGCAAACCACCAAGAGUUCAUGGGGUUAUUCAUGCCUUUGCGAAGAUCAUGAAGGAAGGAGGGAUCCGGGGCCUCUGGGCUGGUUGGGUGCCUAAUGUACAGAGAGCUGCGUUGGUCAAUCUAGGAGACCUCACAACAUAUGACAGUGUAAAGCACUUUCUGCUAAGGACUACCUCUAUAGGGGACAAUUGUAUUUGUCAUGGAUUGGCAAGUACUUGUUCUGGCCUAGUAGCGGCUAUGAUGGGAACUCCAGCUGAUGUGGUUAAAACGAGAAUAAUGAACCAACCUCGGGACUCAAAUGGAAGGGGCCUUCUAUACAAGUCAUCCAUGGACUGUCUGGUUCAGUCUGUGAGAGGGGAGGGAUUACUAACACUUUAUAAAGGCUUUGUACCAACCUGGUUAAGAAUGGCUCCCUGGUCUAUGACAUUUUGGCUAACCUUUGAGCAAAUCAGACAUGCUGUGGGCAUCAGUUCAUUUUGAAUGUAUGGAAUCAAAGGAUUAAUAAAAAUAAACUGUUGUUAAGGAAUUC